AUGGAUCUACAAAAUUUCAAUAUGGAUGAUCGUGUUCAAUACGCAAUUCCUAAAAGAGGCAAAAAUGAUAUCGAAAAAUUGCAAACAAUUUUUCAAGAUUUUAUAAAGAAAUUGAAAUUAUGUGGGCAAACAAAAUCGAAUGAAAACAUCUCUGCUGUAAUCCCGCCUUUAAAAAAAGUAGACCAAUUGAAAACGUUGAACGAUGAUGAAUUGAAGCAAGAAUUACGCGAGAAAGGAAACGAUGGAGAGCGGAAUUUAAGAAGCUUCGAAGAAAAGUCGAGUAUUAUCCGGAGAAAAUACACCCACAUUUGA